AGUCCACCAUCCACUAUCAUAAAAAAACGGUGGGAAAUCGCGAAGAAAAAGGAUAAACCAAAUCAAAUCAAAUUGACGCGACGACGAGGGUGGAGAGAAACAACAAAUCCUCCUCUCCUCACCGCCACCUCCCGUCUCUUCACCUUCCAAAUCCCCACCCCCUCCGCCGCCAGGUGUGGUCUUCGCCGUGGGAGCGACGAGGAGGGAAGGGGGCUGGAGGGGGGAAACCCUAGAUGACCUGAUCUCGAGUCGGGGCCCGAGAGUUUGUCCAUUCGAUCGCCGCCUCGCCCUGCCUAGGGUUCCCGCGCCUGUAGAUCGGUUCCGUUCGGUCGGUUUGGGGAGGAGGACGCGGAGGGGAAGUCUGAAGCAAUGAUGGGGUCGAGGCGGUCGAAGGGCGUUUCAUGGGCCACCGGAGCCAAUCUCUGCAAGGGCAGAUGAAUGUGUGGCAUUCGUUCUUGUCAUACCAAGAUUCAUGUGCACGGAUCAUUCUUCUUAUGUUUCUAAGCAUUAUCAUCCUAUAUGUUGGUGGAUGGUGUUCGUCGUUGUUAACUUCAUCGUAUUUGAAUAUUCUGAUGGGUAAGGCUUUUUCUGUCUGAGGAUUCCCCUUCUCAAGCCGGAUUAAGACCGCAGGACAAUCUCCAAGCAAAAGGCUCAUGGUUAAUGCAUGCAGCUGGCCCAAGCUCAGAUGAUUCCCUGCCUCCAGGUUUCGAAUCCUUGCAGCCAACCAACAAUCUCAAAAUUGACAUAUCGAAAGUCCCUCUUAUUAGGUGGAGAUGCCCACCAAAGAUAUUGUUAUAUCCUGAUUGGCUCGUCGUUGCUGGAGAAGAAAGUGAGGAAGCUGCCUUACAGAAUGAGAGAAUAUUUGGAGCCCUUGAGGCUAUAUAUCCACGACCAUCGAACAUUCCUCCGAACCCAUUUGUUUCUCCUGAUGUGAUAGACUCCCGUUAUGAUGACUCCCAAACCCAGUUGGUUCCUUUGAUCCCUGUUGAAGAGGAUGAUGCUUCUGAUCAAUUGGAAGAACCUCCUGUGGAUCUACCAAAUAAUUAUCACCAGUCAGAUAAGUAUGACUUUGCAAAUAUCAGUCUCCCACGAAUUUCAGGUGCUCCAUUUACCACUGCACAACAGCAGCCCAGUGCUUACAUCGGUUCAACAAGUGUUGGUCUCUCCACUGAACCUGAUGUAUUGGCUGCUGCAUCUGCUGCAUACACGGCAAUAAUGCAAACCAAUCAAAUGGGAAGUAUGAUUGACCAAGAUUUACUCAUCAAAAUACUAAGUGACCCUGCACAACUUGAGAGGUUAAUGAAAGAAUAUGGCACAAUUAAACAUGAACAAUCAACCACCAGUUCUGUUGCUGCCACAAUGCUACCAGGGCCACCGCCCCAAAUGGCAGCGAGUGCCCCUGCCUCCUUUCCAGAUCCUGUGGCAACAUUUCACAACACGAACUCUACGUUGCCCCCUCCACCUGUGAUAAAUCGGUUACCUCCAGCUAUUCCUUCGGUUCCCAUGAAUCCUCCUGCAAGUUCAAGUCAAGCAAUUAACUUUUCAAGUGCCCCAGUUAGGGGUAUCAACUAUUACAAGACCCUCAUCCAUCAGCAUGGAGGGGAGAGGCAGGAACCACUUGAACAGCAUGGAAUGCAGUUUGGAAUAUAUCACCAAUCUGUUCCUUCGCAGACUAGCACUGUUGAUGUGGCCAGCGUUGGUGCUAUGCCUGGAAGAGAUAAUAAGGCAAGGCUUACGAAACCCUGUGCUUACUACAACAGCGCCAGGGGAUGUCGCAACGGUGCAAACUGCACUUUUCUGCACGAUGUAUCAGCUGCGAGGAAGGAGCCGCCAAAAGGAGCAAAAAGGGUUAAACUAGACAACAGGAUAGCCGGCCAGUAUUGAGCAGCCGCUGUUUGCUUAAUUUUUUGCUGUUCUUUGGUUCAAUAUCCAUUUCACUCAGAUUCAGUAAAUAUAGCGUGUCAGCUCCUUGUUUCUUUCACUUACAGUGCCCAUUUAUGUUCGUCAACAAAAAAAAAAUUGGUUUUGAAAGAAAGGUAAAAUAUUCCAUGAUUAA